AUGAUGAGUGCCCCAGAGGAGAAAAAGGAGAAACAGGUACAAGAGAAAGGAACACAAACCAUGCCACUGACUGACAUGGGAGAAAGUGGAGAGCAGGCUGGGUUGGAUGCUGUCCUGGAAGCAGGCCCAUCCACAUCCAAAGACGCCAUGGCACCAGAACCUAAUUGCUUAAAGGAAGUGAUGGAUGAAGAAGAGAAGGACAGAUUAAAGAGGGCAUCCCGGAACAAGUCAGAAAAGAAAAGGAGAGAUCAGUUCAAUGUUCUCAUUCAGGAGCUUUGCAGCAUGCUUCAGGGGCAAGGCCAGCCCAUCAAGAUGGAUAAGGCAACCAUAUUACAGAAGACCAUUGACUUUUUACACGAGCAGAAAGAAAAGGAAACCCAGGCACAAGCUGCUAGUGCCAGAGGGGCCUGGAAACCAUCAAUUCUUAGCAAUGAGGAAUUUACACAGUUGAUGUUUGAGGCAUUGGAUGAGUUUCUGAUAGCCCUGACCACUGAGGGGAUAAUCAUUUACGUAUCUGAUAACGUCUCUUCUCUGCUGGGCCAUUUACCGUCAGAGCUGGUGCACCAGAAUAUAUUAACCCUUCUCCCUGAGCAAGAGCAAAAGGAAAUCUUCAAGGCACUCUCUCCACAGACAAUCCUGCCAACCCCUGUCACUGCUGAUUUUCUAAAUGAAAAACAAAUUGAGUUUUCCUGCCAUUUAGCAAGAGGAAGGUUGAACCCUAAUGAUCCUGUGAUUUAUGAAUAUGCGAAAUUUUUUGUGGAAUUUAAAUACCUUUCUCACGUGCCUAUACCAUCCUGCAGUGACUUUGAGUCCGUGGUUUCCAAGGUGUUCAAGUCCCCCACGGAUGAUCCACUUUGUCUGGUAGCAACAGUUCGCCUCACCUCACCCCAGCUUUUAAAGGAAGUUUGCACUGUGGAAGAACCUGGUGAAGAAUUUACCUCGAGACAUAGUUUGGAGUGGAAAUUUCUGUUCUUGGACCAUAGGGCCCCACCCAUCAUAGGUUACCUACCCUUUGAGGUGCUGGGAACGUCAGGCUACGACUAUUACCACGCCGAUGACUUGGAGUCUCUCGCAAAGUGCCAUGAACAAUUGAUGCAGUUUGGAAAAGGAAAGUCCUGUUACUAUCGGUUCCUGACCAAAGGCCAGCAGUGGAUUUGGUUGCAAACUCAGUAUUACAUCACCUAUCACCAGUGGAAUUCCAAGCCUGAAUUCAUUGUUUGCACACACACUGUAGUUAGUUAUGCCCAGGUCCAGGCAGAAAGAAGAAAAGAACUUGGGCUUGAAGAGCCAUCGGCAGUAGAAAUGGCCACUAUGCUCUUCAAGAGUUCUGACAGUUUCGCAGAGAUCUCCCAGCAUGGAAACAGCCUGGAUGUGAGUGAAGAGGGAACGUCGGGGUCAUCCCUUGGCUCCUGCAGGCCAUCCCUGUCCAAUUCAACAUGUAUGUAUACUGCAAGGUUGGCACUUUGGUGUUGCCUAAGAAAUCAGAAUUUACAAACCGAAUUGUCACUGCAGCCCCAAAAAGCCAGCAACACUGCGAUUGGGUGGGGUCUGCCCGGGGAACAACCAGCUGAGACAUUUGAUAAGGCAUUCUCCGGGGAGGUGGCUGGCAGCAGCGGCGGCAGCAGCAACAGCUGCACCCAGGGCCUGCUGUUUCCUCAAAACUUGACUGAGAAUCUUGCUGCAAACCAUGUGGCCUCCAGGAAAAUACCCAUGGUGUCCUCUCAACUAGAAGCUAUGCCUAAUUUCCCCUCCCCAGAGGAGCUCGGGGUGAUGCAACAGCUCAAGGAAGAGCUAGAAGGACGAACUCAGGCAUUACAGACCGACGUUGAAACCCAGAAGCAGGAGCUCCAUGCAAUCAAGGAGUGUCUGCAGACUGUGCAAGAUCCUGGCUUCCAAGUAUGUCAACACGGGCUGCUCGGCUCCUUUCCAGCAAAGCCAACAUCUGGCCUGCUCCCCCCAGAGAGCAGAUCUCUUUCCCUGGCACUGCCUAUGUUGUUACAGCCAUCUGCGCCAUUGAACUUCAAGCCUCCCAAGCCCCCGAAAUCAAAAAAGACAUCACAGCGGAGAACCAGAGUACGUAAGACAGCAACAAAACCCCGGCCUCGUUUACUGGAGCCCAAACCUUACGGGAACUCAACUAUAACUUCAGUCCAAUUCCUCGGGGAGCCUUGCAUUACCCCCAUCCAGCAGCAGCAGCAGCAGCAGCUUGUGAUAAAUGAAAAUGGGAUACAGGAAAUAUGUCUGCCAGAGAACACUAGCAUCUCCAUGCCUCUCUAUGGCGACCCCAUGUUGCUUUCUGAGACAUACUCCAUCACUGUUUCAGCAGAAGUGCCAAUUGAUAUCAUUCAACAGCCGAUUGCAUACGAACAAAACAUCACUCUUGGGAUUCUCCAAGAUGAUCAGGUUCUGCCUUCUCCUUCAACCUUCACUUCCGCCAUGCUCAUUCCAACCACUGACUUGGCCAUCCUUAACACACAGCAGCUCCCUGUCCACCAGUGGCAACCGCCCCAGGUCUCUCAGAAUGAGGUCUGCCUUCAGAUUCAUACUCCUGAGGCAAUCCAGGGAAGUCAGACCCCAGGGAUUUUCCAGGCACCCCAAAUAUUGCAGUCACCCUCCGUGAGCUAUUUUCUGCAACCCCAGCAGCCCAACGCAGAGUUGUCUGACCUGUAG